AUGGAGCAAGAUCCUGUCAAUAAACGUCAAGUGAGUUUUCCAAAACUCUUAUAUCCCAUGUUUAGAGAUGUGGACCCAAGGAGUCCCCAACAGUGGAUAUCAGCAAAACGAAUACAAGACGGUGCUGAAGGACUCUGGCGGAUUCAUGAUGAUAUUUACGAUUUGACCGAUUUCAUUUCCUCCCAUCCUGGCGGCACACAGUGGCUUAUAUUUACCAAGGGCACAGAUAUUACGGAGGCCUUCGAAACACAUCACGUAAAAAGUGCAACAGCUGAAGGACUGUUGCCCAAAUAUUUUAUUAAAAAGGCAGAUACACCCAGAAAUUCACCUUUUACGUUUAAAGACGACGGUUUUUACAAGACUUUGAAAACUAAAGUAGCAGAUAAACUUAAAGAUAUACCAAAAGAUGUUAGGAAGAAGAGUGAUAAUGUCACAGAUUUUCUAUUAGCUUGUUUGUUGAUCUCUAGCCCACUUUGUGCUUGGCUUUGGACAAAGAACUUAAUAUAUGGAGCUUCCGCGACGUUGAUUCUUAGCAUGAUACUAAGUGCCCUAACUGUUUGCAGUCACAAUUACUUGCAUAGGGCAGAUAGUUGGCGUAUGUAUCUGUACAAUAUAAGUGGAUUUUCAUAUGCAGACUGGCGCAUAUCUCAUGCAAUGUCUCAUCAUCUACACACCAAUACAGCUAAUGAUUUAGAAUUAAGUAUGCUGGAGCCUUUUUUGCAAUAUCUACCAAAAACAAACAAACCAAUUUGGGCACAGAUGGCAGCUUUCUUUUACCCUAUCGUUUUUGCGUUCAUAUCUUUAGGAUGCAUGAUAAAAGAGCUCAGUGCUGGUGCAAUAAAUUUUGAAGGAAAAGAAUUAAGUUGGGAAAAUGUGAUACCUUUUGUGAUGCCAAUCUGGAUGUGGGCUAUAAGUGGACUGUUCCUACCCUGGGUUAUCGUCUUAUGGCUUGCUAUAAUAAUGACUUCAAGCUUUAUUUUCAUGGUGUUUGGACUGACAGCUGGACAUCACGGCCAUACUAACUUUUUUGAAGGAGACAUUCCGAGGGACGAGUUUAUAGAUUGGGGCAUUCAUCAACUGGACACUGUAGUUGAGAGGGUCGAGUAUGCGGGCGACCACUUCAAAUCGCUCACUCGCUUUGGCGAUCACGCACUCCACCAUCUCUUCCCUACGCUUGACCAUGCAGAACUAAAAUACCUAUAUCCAACACUAUUAGAACAUUGUCAGAAAUACGAAAUUCAACUGCGCAUGACCACGUUUUACAGCGCUCUGAUAAGUCAUAGCAAGCAAUUAAUUAGAAAGCGACCACAUAAUUUUAAAGAGAAAAAAUCUGCACGU